GUCGUUGUGGUCAAAUGUUUCAUGCCUCAUUGCAUAUGCCGAGUUUUGUGUACAACUGUACAAGUGUGAGACUCAUGUAAGUAUAUAAUACUGUUUAAAUUUAUUUUACAUUUUUUAAGGGAACUAUAAUUUUAUACAAGUACUUAAUUACUUGUUGUUGAGCCAUUUGAUUAUUGUUUCUUGCACAAUUUUCUGUAUUUAAUUGUCAGGCUACUUGGAAUUUUUAAACUUACUUCAAAUAAGAACUUCUGAACUUGUGCCAUUCCAAACUACUUGAACAAAUCUUCAAAACAUUAUAAAAUAUGCUCAAUAAGAGAGGAUCUUCAAACCUCCUUUCUUUUCAUCUACAAACUCGUGGUUCUCUUUCAGAUUUGUGGUCAUUUUCCCAAAAACACUCAAAAGUUGACAAAUCAUAAAUCAUGUUUGAGCUUGGAAAGUUGUUAGCCCCGUUUUUGCUGAUCUUCCCAUUGCUUCUCUUGUACUUGAUCAAGAAGUUUUUAUCCAUCCAAACAACAAAAACCUGCCAAACUACUAACUUCGAGUUCCCCAAAGCUUACCCUUUGAUUGGACAUUUGAUCGCGGUCUUGAAGCAAAAGAAGGAUGAAAGAUUCAGGUGGAUCGCUAGUCUGAUAGUCAACUCUCCAUCGUCCACCUUUGUCAUGCACCGUCUGUUUGGACAUCAGAGCAUCCUUACAGGAAACCCUGCCACGGUGGAGCACAUGCUCAAGAAUCAGUUUCCAGUUUACCAAAAGGGCCCUUUCCAAAAGGCCAUUCUCAAAGACCUCCUAGGUGAUGGCAUAUUCAAUAUUGAUGGUGAGAUGUGGAAGUUUCAAAGACAAGUUGCCAGUUAUGAAUUUAACACCAGGUCCUUGCGGAAGUUUGUUGAAAUAGUGGUUGAUGCCGAGCUUUCAGAUAGGCUGAUCCCGUUGUUGUCUGAUGCAGCCAAGAACCAAACAGUCCUAGAUUUCCAAGAUAUACUCCAAAGGUUUGCAUUUGAUAAUAUUUGCAAGAUUGCUUUUGGGUAUGAUCCAGAAUACUUGUCACCCUCUUUACCACAAGCAAGAUUUGCAGUUGCAUUUGAGGAUGCUGUGACGAUCAGUAGCCAACGAUUCAGAUCUUUUUUCCCUAUUCUAUGGAAAAUCCGCAGAUUUCUUAAUAUUGGGUCAGAAAAAGAGCUUAAAGAAGCAGUCACAGAGAUCCGGAACUUUGCCAAAACAAUUGUUAGACAGAAAAGGCAAGGGGUGGUGAAAGAUUCAGAGUCAUUAGAACCAGAAGACUUAUUGUCAAGGUUUCUAAAAUCAGGCCACACUGACGAGAAAUUCGUCACUGACAUCGUUAUUAGCUUUAUCCUUGCAGGACGAGACACCACAUCAUCAGCUUUAACAUGGUUUUACUGGCUCCUCCAGAAGAACAAACAUGUUGAAGAAGAGAUCUUACGAGAGAUCAACAAAAACAGGGGAAAACAGAAAAAUAAAACAGAACAUUCCUCUCUUUUUGACGAAGUCAAAGUCAUGGUUUACACUCACGCUGCAUUAUGCGAGAGCAUGAGGCUAUACCCACCAGUGGCAUUAGACACCAAGGAGGCUGCCAUCAACGACGUGUUGCCAGAUGGCACGAAAGUGAAAAAGGGUACUUGGGUAUCUUACAGCGCUUAUGCUAUGGGAAGAAUGGAAGGUAUAUGGGGCCUUGAUUGGGCUGAAUACCGGCCAGAGCGGUGGCUAGAAGUGGAAGAUGAAAAGACAGGGGCAGGGAAGUGGAAGUUCGUGCCUCGAGACCCAUAUUCCUACCCGGUUUUUCAUGCUGGACCCCGGGUUUGCCUUGGAAAGGAAAUGGCAAUCUUGCAAAUGAAGAUGGUGGUGGCUGGUAUCUUGGAGAGGUUUCGGGUUGUUCCAGCAGUGGAAGAAGGAAUUGAGCCAAUUUACGUUGCGAAUUUGACCGCUAAGAUGCAAGGUGGUUUUCUAGUAAGGAUUGAAGAAAGGACUGUAUAACAUGUAAGCAUGGAGAAUUUCUAAGUUUAAGCACAUUAAGAAGAUUCUAAGAGGUUGUGUUAUUUUAAAUUACUUACAUUAAUUUUCAAUCAUUUUAGCUCCAAUAUAAAUGCAUCAAAACAUGUCAUAUGGCUAUGUCAUAGUGUGAAGGGUAUUUAAUUUUCUUUUGAGUUAAUAGAUUAAAUUUCAGUCCACUUACAAUGGAAAGAAAAGUAUGGAUCAUGCUUAAACAAUAUAUGAGGUGAAACCACAGUACCACACUGAAGAUAAUAAGAAAAUAAAGCUCAAAACAAGAAGUUCCAACAGAUAAACUACAUUGAGCAGCACUGAAAUGAAUCCUGCUGCGAGCCUGUGAUACAUUGACCAGACACCACUGUUCCCAGGACCCAAGCUGCACACUUGUGAGACAGAAAAAGUUUAACCUGGCUGAAAAGAUUUGUGCUGCAAGCACAUGUGCUGGUAAGGAUUGGGCAGUGGGACAGGUCCAGCUCUGUCCAGCCCGGGUUCUGGCUUAACCCAAAUCACCAGCCAGGUUAGCCCACCUAAUUAUUAGCUUCUAUUACUUCUUUAUAAAGUGGACUGCCUCCCAGCCCCAUUGCUUCGUGGUUGAAUCUAAUUCCUCCAAACAGACCUGACCCACCUCCUAAACCGGCCUUUGGCCACCCAACUAAUGCCAACAAAAGUGAAUUUGGUUGAAAUGAUUUUACAGGCAACUUCAGAAAUGAAAUCCAUUUAUAUGACAGUUUAGUAGAGUAUUCUGCCAAUGACUCUGGCCUAUAGAAGUUAUGUAAUAUUUCAUUAAACCUAGUUCUGAAAUCACUUCCUAUAACAUGGCCACACCCGACAAAGCACUGCCCCAAAAAACCUCUUUCUCAAAAUGCUACAAUCACAGAUCCCUUUAUUCCAACCAAGAGCAGUUGCACAAGAGCUUCAAUAAUGCUUAAAAUCCAAAGAAGCAUCACUCGAUGACUUUUUUACAAUCAAACCACAAAUGCCAUAUUCCCUUAAACCUUUUCUACUGAAAUAAUACGACCACAAAAAUUCCAACACCACAAUUUUAAUGGACUGCCACAGCACGAGACACCAAUUAUUGUAAACAUGCACCCAUCAUGCUUUUCGAUUCCUUUCAUGAUGCAAAAUCAUUAAUUAACAUCAGCUUGCUUCAUUGACCCCAUUUGCUCACAAUGAGCACUUAGAAUUCACAAGCCACAAGAGAAGGACCUCAUAUCCUCAAAACUUAAAAUCUGGAUCAUCUUGAUAGCCUCAUUUGCUCAUACACAGAAAAUUAAGUUUCAAUUCAAGGCGUACAACGCCAUUAUCCUCAAAACCUUAGCAAUGUCUACUUCUAGACCCUUCUCGACCAAAUGUGGAAAUAAUCCGGUGGUGUCUAUAAUUGUGGUAGGAGGACUUUAUAUCGUUAAAAUAGUAAACCGGUAUCAAAUUUCUAUUUCUCAAUCAUUCUGAAUUUUACUAUCUAGAGACUUAUAGUACCCGAACUUGCCCUCUGAUCACUGCAAAGUCUCACCUUUCUCAAUCUGAUAUACAGUCCAGGUCGUUUAUUAGGCGGUACCAGAAAUCCUACAGUUGCCAAUCUGACCAAGCUCCAAUGUGAUCUUAACUUCAAUCCCUACAUCAAUAAUUAAUACAAAAUCUAUGUUCUCCAGUAAACAACUACAACAAAUAAAAAGCAUGCAAAAACAAUCAAAGAUCAGAGAUAGCAUGCAAAAUAAUUAUUGUUCAAAUUUCCCAUUCUUAUUCUACUCAAUCCUCUUAUUUAAUUACCCUGUGAUAACAAACUCACCACUUUAAGCUGCAAAAAUGAUUGUAACAUUGGUAGAUAAAUCAAAUCAAAUUACAAUUUAAAUUCUUGAUCAGAGUUUAAUCGGUAUUUAACAAGCAUUCUUAAGUCUGAUUAGGCCGAUUAGGGUUUCCAUUUUUAUCAACCAAAAUUAUACAAGUAAUCAACAUUCAGCAAUAACCAAAAUCACCUAAUUUCCAUUAAAAUUUCCUUCCUUUCAUCAACUUCCGAUUAAAAUUGAAAACAAACAGUAAUCAAUCAACAGAUUAAACCACCCUUCAAUUGUAAUUACAAUGAAAUUAAUCAACCUUUCAUCCAAAUUUUCGGGUGAACCUUGAAGAUUAUAAGCCAAUUAAUUAACAAAAUCUCGGAAAUUAAUUCAAAGAUAAAAUCAAAAUCAAGCAAGGGUAGAAAUAAAUUGCAAUAAACAAUAAUUAAUAACUCGGAUUAGAAAGAAUUUGAGAUAUACUAUGAGUAUGACAAUGGCGUCUUCUUUUGUUAAAAAUGAUGACGAAUGCUUAGGAAAAUAAAUUGAUUUUCGCAGUCGAAGAUACGAGGAAUUAGCUUUUGGAAUUAUUUUUUGAGUAUGAAAGAUGAAGAUAAUUUUUGCCGAAAAAAAAAAAAAAAAAAGGGAAGACGAGGAGUGAGUUUCAGUGAAGCCUGAGUAACAGUAACGAACAAACGAGGGAAAUGAUAUUGCGGUGAUCGGCAAAUGGUUUUUUUUUUUUUUAGUUUAGUCGGCUACUCUCUCCGUAUUUUAUUACUGGCUCCACUUUUAUUUUGCGUAUUUUAUACAUGUUUAAUUUUCCUUUUAGAAAACUUUUGAUAAUAUUUUACUAUUUUUCUCCCCGGUCACCUCAUAUCACAUUUUUAAUAUUUAUCAUAUUAUCUCUCCUCCCUACUUAUACUCGCUUUUGCUUUUUUAAAAAAUUUUAUUACUUUUUUUUUUUUUAUUUUAACCAACUCCACUUCUAUCAUAUUUUAUUACUUUUUACAAUUUCUCCUAAAACACUGCACAUGAAGGCAUAGAGCAAGUAAAAAAUACAGAGGGAGUACUAGAUGUGUUUGGUUGUUAACUUUUUUUUUUUUUAUUGGCUUUUAAGCCGAUUUUUUCAGCCAAAAGUUAAUAUAGCCAAUAGGAGUAGUUUUUUUAAUGACUUGUUAGCUCACUUUUAUUUUCACUAAUAAUCAAUUUAUAAUCAUGACUAAUUUUGUCACACUUUUGUAAACAUCUGACUUAAACAGUCAAAUUAAAAAAGCCGAUUCAGAUAGCUAAUUCUUUUUAGAUGGUCAAACAAGUCAAACAAAUCAGCCAACAACCAAAGCCAAUCGUCGAUUAU